UAUCCCUUACGCGCCACAUCCGGCUGAUAACGAUUAGGUGUUCUCGUUAAUUGCACGCAUUGUGCGUCAGUUUCUUACGAGCAUUAGAGGCCCGUGGGUCGAGCAAUUUGUGCCGCUAACGCAAAAAAAAAGAAAACGGAAAGAAAAGUCGUGAUGCAGGAAUACGAUCCGGAUCACAUCGCGCUCGUAUCAGCGAUCGAAAACGGAGAGUUCGACGAGGCGGGUAAAAUUUUGGCGCGCGAUAGCAAAAAUAGAUAUGUGCGUCCGGUGGGCGCUCUUCAAGUGACAGCCCUGCAGAUGGCUGGCUGGCAGGGGAACAUAGAUCUGUUGAAUCGACUCUACGAAAAAGGCGCCGACAUAAACGGCACGGAUAAAAUUGGUAGAUGCGCUCUUUACUACGCGGCACACAACGGUAAUACUGACGUGACAAAGUGGCUUCUUCAACGCGGUGGUCACGUCGAUGUCAAAGUCGGUAUCUACUCGUGCACCAAGGGCACCCCUUUCUCCACGCUGACGAAAUCUUAUCUCGUAGGAAGAAAAUUGCCGGUGCCCGCGUGCUGGGGAAGAACGCCGUUGCAUCAGGCGGUAAAAAAUAAUCACGCGGACGUCGUGCGCGUUUUGGUGGAAGGCGGUGCGGAUGCGAACGUUAAAGACGAGCGCUUGAUUACCCCGCUGCUGUUGGCAGGAAGCGCGGUGAAUCGCGAUGAUCUCAAUGAGAUGACUAAGUUCGUUGAGAUCGUGGGGAUACUGGUCGCCGCGAAGGUGUUCGUUAACACUAUUCAUCCGGACACGGGUACCACCGCUUUGCACCACGCGGCGAUGCUAGGCAGUGCAGAAGCGACAAAGAUAUUGCUGUCAAAUGGCGCAUGGCCGAUGUAUAAAUGCAAGAGCUCCGGAAGCACGCCUCUUCAUAUCGCCGCGAGUACAGGGAGUAUCGAGACACUCAUGGUUCUACUUGAUGCAAUGCAAUGUCAUAACAUUGAUACGUGCGAUCAGAUCAAUCGUACGGCUCUUCACAGAGCGUCUUAUCAGGGACAUCGCGAGUGCGUACGAACUUUGAUCAAUCACGGAGCUAAUUUAGCCGCCGUAACGAAGACUGGUGUCACCGUUGUUGAUGCUGUAUUCGCUCAUAUAUCGCGACCAUUGGCGUUUUUAACCGAUAUUUUGGAUUCUUGCGUACGAUCGAGCAAUAAUUCACCUUCGGAGAAAUACGAGAAUGUAAGGAUCGCUUUACGUAUCCCGUUAGACUCUUAACUGCAGAUACAGAUAUCCUUCUCUCUUAUUCGAUUCUUACUAUGUUGUCUUUAUUACAUUCUAAUGAAUGAAACAUCUCUGUUAAAGAUUACUGUUGACUUCAGUAUAUUGGCUCCAAAGCACCAGAUGCAAAUGGCAGUAGUUACGGCCGUUAUAGCCGCAGCUUCAGAUAUAAGACAACUGGCGAUAUUGCAGCAUCCACUCGUGGAGACGUUUCUCAGACUAAAGUGGACGAGAUUAAGGAUACUUUUCUUUCUUCUUAUAGUCGUACACUUGUUCUUCGUCGUUUCCCUGUCGGUCUACGCCAUAAUGUUCGCGCAUAACGAAACUGACCACGUGGUGACUCGAAGAAUCCUAGCCAUCUGCUCCUGCAUUCUUUUGUUUCACAAUAUGGUUCAAGUUAUAUUAGAACCCAAGCAUUAUUUGAGACAACUCGAGACGUGGUUGUCACUCACGUGCGCCGUGCUAUCCUUGGUGACGUCGAUCGCAGGUGAAUUUGUAAGGUGCUCGAGGGAAGAAACUGAGUCUCAACAUUGCGUGCACUGGGUGCUACAUUCCAUCAGUAUCGCAAUCUUGUUGAGUUGGAUGCAAAUGAUGUUACUAAUUGGCCGGGUCCCAAUGUGGGGAUAUUACGCGCUCAUGUUUUCCACGGUGCUGAAGAACAUCCUAAGGGUUCUCCUAGCGUUUGGCUACCUCAUUGUUGGAUUCGCGUUGAGUUUCGCAGUUUUGUUUCAUGGAAAUGAUCAAUUUCGCGAUUUCUGGAGGGCUAUCGUAAGGACUGUAGUGAUGAUGAUGGGCGAGUACGAAUACGAGGAGCUAUUCAACGCCGAGAACGGCAAGGGUACUUUUCUGCCAAUCACAAGCAGAAUCGUGUUCCUCGUUUUCACCAUGCUCGCCAGUAUUGUUCUGAUUAAUCUCAUGAUCGGUCUGGCGGUCAACGACAUUCAAGGUCUCGAGAAGGAGGGCCACAUUCGUCGAUUACUGAAACAAGCGGAAUUUGUCGCACAUUUAGAGAGGGUGACGUCAUACAGAAUCUUUCGCAGCAAUUGGCUACAUCCUCGCUUAAGAAUGCUGCUGCACUCAAGGCGCGAUAUUCCCACAAAAAUUACGCUGGUCUCUCGUGAAAAUAAUUUUCAUCACAUGACUCAUCUUACGGAAUCGCCUCCCAAGAUUCCCGCCGAUUUAAUAGAAGCUUUGUUUUUGUUAGCCACCAAGACUUUGAAGAACGAUAAUUUGGCGGACAAACACAUAGAAACUGGCGACAUGAAGAUAACUUCUAUACUGUCCAAUUUGGAAGAACAAAUUCGAGAGUUGAAAAUAUACUGUCAUCGUAAUUUGGCGACUCGGAGCUCGUCGAAACGACGGGGAUUCAAAAGAAAACCUGUUCAAAAGAGAUUUGUAAACGCUUAGUAUAUUGCACGUACGCGCGACAUUGCGAUUAUUUUUCAAUACGGUAAACGCGGUGUUAGUUUAGCGGUAGCAUUUAUUACAAUCAUUAAAUAAAGCGCCAAAGAAACUUUUACAUUAUCUCAUUGGUCCUGUAUAAUAUUUAGAAAGCUAGAAACGAUAAAACGCGCGCACCGCGCGCGCAGUUUGUGGUCG